AUGCGGCUGUCCGCCCUUCGAUCUUCGCGCAUUGCUCUCCAAACCCCUCGGCAGCUUCGUUCCAGUGUCUCAUCCCCCCAAGAUUCCGAUGUCUUCGCCAAUAACCUUCGGAAAACAUUAGACGCCCAUCGAACCUCGAAUCGAAAUCGUCUCAUCCGCAAAGUAUACCCUCGUUCACCUGCUGCGGGACUUUGGCGGCCAGAAAUUCCUCUUGAAAGCCGUCCCGAAUGCCCACCAGCCACACAACCAGCGCCUACAGUAAAGGAGGCCAAGCCCAAAGAGACCACGAGUAGACAACGUCGUCGCCUACGCCAUGAAGACGCUGCCACUCGAUCAACGCAAAGUCGGCCAGCGGAUACAUUAAUUCGGAGCUCUGAGACUUUCCACGAUGGGAGCGCUGGGAAUCAUCCCUGGUUAAGCUACUUGGAACCCUCUGGUGGGAUCGAUGAUGCCACCACCUUCCUCAAUGCAGAGAUUCUCGCAUUGGAGCGCUAUUUAUCUCCAAGCUCUCCAGAGCAGAUUUGGACCGAUCAAUUGAGUGCACAGGUCGUCGGCUUGUUAAACCCAAUUGUCCCUCACACACCGCAACUCAUUGGCUCUCGUCAAAUUGGCUUAGCGCUGCCGCAUUCAGAUCUUAAUUUCCUCCUACCAUUUGAGGAUCUCCUUCGAUCUCCAGAUCGAGCGCGGAAGCCAAGUGCCACACGGCCCCAGAUCCACGAUGCGCAUCUGCGUCUCCUCCGCCGAGUCGAAUCUACCCUUGAGAGCAGUCCAUCGUUUGAUCGAAUUCAACUUUCUGGGAAGCGACGCUCUAUUCUUGAUGCUCGUCAUCACCCUACGGGAUUACUACUGCGAUUUUACUGUGGUGAAAGAGCCCCGGAACUCAUGGAUUACCUAAAGAACUAUCUGGCUCAGUAUCCUACUCUCCGUCCCCUGUAUAUGGCCACUCGAGCCUUGCUUGAAGCCCGGGGUUUAUUUGGAUACUCGCAGUCGGGGAUCAGACCAGAUGUUCUAGCCAUUCUCUUGGUUGCUUUUUUGAAGUUGAACCAGAGUCGAUUUUCGGUGCCCUUUAAUGCCGGAGAGCAGUUUCUGACUUUCUUGAAAUUCUAUGGCACUGACGUUGACCUUCAAUCUAUUGGCGUUGCGGUCGACCCCCCAGGAUUCUUUGGAUUCGAGAAGAUCCAUGACUCUGAACAGGGAAAUACCAACACUGCAUGUCUACGUGGCCAACGAUCUCUCAUCAACGCAAAAAGAACCGCAGUUUGCCGAGGCAACAUGUCGGCUGGGCAGAGGCUAUGCAUUCAAGACCCAACACAUUAUAUGAAUGAUCUGGGCAGAUCUUUUACACGGACUGCUGAGUUGCAGAAUGUGUUUUCCACUGCCUACAAACAGCUUUGUGAUUCUUCUCAGGGCUGGAAAGAUACGGACAAGGUUGAAUCGAUUCUUGCUUCUGCGCUACGGGCAAAUUUCGACCAGUUGGAGACACUGCGAGAGAAACUUGUGCCUAGUGACUGA